AUGACAGAGGAGUUCUCAGCCUACUUCGUGGCACAUGCAGUGGUGCGCAUAUAUGAUCUGGCAGAGCUGUUGCUAGCUUUUGACGAUGAUGAGGAGGAGCAUCCACAUAGGCAAGGGGGUCCUAGACAGAGAGAGGAGGAUGAGGGAGAGGAGGGAGGAGAUGGAGGUGGUGGUAGAGGAGAUGGAGGGGUUGGUGGAGGUGGUAGAGGAGAUGGAGGGGUUGGUGGAGGUGGUAGAGGUGGAGGGGUUGGUGGAGAUGGCAGAGGUGGAGGGGGUGGUGGAGAUGGCAAAGGUGGAGGGGGUGGUGGAGAUGGAAGAGGUGGAGGUGGAAGAGGUGGUCUUGUUCUUGGUGUGGGUGGGGGUGGUAGGAUAGGUGCGGUGUUAUUUGCUAUGGGAGGGAUAGAGGAUGACAGGUGA